AAGAGCAUAACGGAAAUGGAAAGGUAUACCAAACUUGGCUAUGCAGGGAAUACAGAGCCUCAGUUCAUUAUUCCAUCAUGUAUUGCAAUCCGUGAAUCAGCCAAAGUAGGUGACCAGGCUCAGAGGAGGGUAAUGAAAGGUGUUGAUGAUCUGGACUUUUUCAUAGGAGAUGAAGCCAUAGAUAAACCUACCUAUGCUACAAAGUGGCCUAUAAGACAUGGUAUUGUUGAAGACUGGGACCUCAUGGAGAGAUUCAUGGAGCAGGUCAUUUUUAAAUACCUACGAGCUGAACCUGAGGAUCACUAUUUUUUAAUGACAGAACCUCCCCUGAACACACCUGAAAACAGAGAGUAUCUUGCAGAAAUCAUGUUUGAAUCAUUCAACAUACCAGGACUUUACAUUGCUGUUCAGGCAGUGUUGGCCUUAGCUGCCUCUUGGACAUCACGACAGGUUGGAGAACGUACUUUGACUGGAAUUGUCAUUGAUAGUGGUGAUGGAGUGACCCACGUAAUUCCUGUGGCAGAAGGCUACGUAAUUGGAAGUUGCAUCAAACAUAUUCCUAUUGCAGGUAGGGAUAUUACUUACUUUAUUCAACAACUCCUGAGGGAGAGGGAAGUGGGAAUUCCUCCUGAACAAUCUCUGGAGACAGCAAAAGCCAUAAAGGAGAAAUAUUGUUAUAUUUGCCCUGACAUAGUGAAAGAAUUUGCUAAGUAUGAUGGAGAUCCACGAAAAUGGAUCAAACAGUAUACUGGCAUCAAUGCAAUCAACAAAACCAAAUUUGUUAUAGAUGUUGGUUAUGAAAGGUUCCUUGGACCUGAAAUUUUCUUUCAUCCUGAGUUUGCUAAUCCUGAUUUUAUGGAAUCCAUUUCGGAUGUAGUUGAUGAAGUUAUACAGAACUGUCCCAUUGAUGUCCGGCGUCCGUUAUAUAAGUUUUAUUCCUGGUAUUCCUGCUUCCUGAUCUUAUCAGCAGUUCUCUUAUGAAGCCAGUUGUGUUACCUUAUGUUGAGGUUUGGAGCAUCAGGACCUUCACAAGACUGUUGCUGUUCAACCAGUUCCUAGAGCCUGUAGCUGUUCCACAUGCAAGCAUUCUUCUACAAAUUGCACAAGAUAAGCUCAUAAAUUCUUUUUAAUUGUAUAAUGGUUAGCAACAAUGUACUUUGUUUUUAAUUGAUAAUGAUUACACCUUGAUGUGAUUGGAAACAUUGAUUUAUAUUCUUAUUCUCUGUCUUCCCUGACUGUAUCUAAUGGGGUUGAGAGUUACAGAUUGCUUGGAGUGAGAUUCUUUCUGAUAAAAUAAGGAAGGAUGUAGAUAAGCUGUUGAGUUUGGAACCAGAGACUUGUGCUGAAAUUUGAAGAAAGAAGAUGAACUAUGUAUUUAUUUUUUAAAUAAACCAGAAACAACAGAAAGUAGAAUUAAAUGAAACUGAGUGCUUAGGUGAUGGAGCAGUAAUUUUUUGAGCUUACCAUAGGGCUGAAAUAGUCUGGCAUCCUGGUUACAUUGCUUAUUCCUGUAAGCUGAAUUCCACUAGAAAAUGAAACAUUCUGCAUGCAGCUGGUAAUGUGAUCGUGCUUCUGUAGGGCUUGGUGAGGCUUUUGAAAGUGCAUCACAUCACCUCUGGUGUUCUUUGGGCAGAAAGGUACAGUUUGUCUAUCCAGGUCUGUUUUUUUAGAGAACAGAAACAAGGAACAGUUUGAGUUGAAAGAGACCUGAAAGAUAACCUAGGUCCAACCUUUGUUGGGAUACCUGCCACCAAACGCAGUUGCCCAGGAACCCAUCCAACUUGGCCACCACGAAGGACGGGGCAUCCACAGCUGCUCUGGGCAACCUGUGCCAGUGCUUCACCACUCUAGUAGUAAAUAAUUUAUUCCUAUUAUUUAAUGUAAGUCUUACCAACUUCUAAUUUAAAACUACCACUCUUUGACCUAUCACUACGCUCCUUGAUAAAAUCCCUCUCCAGCUCUCCUGUAGCCCCCUUUAGGCACUGAAGGGCUGCAGUGAUGUCUCCCCAGAGCCUUCUCAAAGGAGCAGAACAGAGGGGAAACAUCACCUCCCUUGCUCUGCUGGCUGCACUUCUUUUGACACAGCCCAGGAUACAGUUGGCUUCAUGGGCUGCAAGCACCCAUUGCUGGCUCAUGUCCAGCUCCCCAUCCAAUACCUCCAUGUCUUUGUUUACAGAGGUACUCUUUGUCGCAUUCUUUAGCUCCAGUUUUCCCUAGAAUAUUGUUCCUCUUUCCUUGUUUUCAUCACAGUAUGAAUACAUAACAUAUCACAGGAAUGCAGAGAGCAGUAGCAUGAUGUGGAAGUUGAAGGUGAUCUUUCCCACUGCUUUUAGGUUACUCUGAGCAUAUUACUAAACACAGUGUUAUUAAUGCACAUCUAGCUUGAAAUCGGCAUGAAAUAUCUGCUCUGUGGUAUAUUUGCAAGGAAUGAUAAUGUUGCAUGGUUUCAGUACUGCUAUUUAAAAAUCUCUCUAGGUUGGAAGCACUCUGUAUGACCUUGUCCUAACUUUGUGUCAGUUAGGGUAUCUUAUGACUUCCUCAGUGUCAAAAAAAGAAUAGCCCGACAUAUCAGUUGGCCAGUGGAUAUAGUUGUAACAACUUUUAGAAGUGGAUGAAGGACUUCUCAAAGUACUAAGAACUGCUUGAUAUUCUAGUAAGUUAUGAUGUUCUUUAUAUCUUUGUAUUGGGUUCAGAAAUUGUCUUUCUUAUUUCUCACUGUUUCAUCUUCCUUUUUCCUCAUCCAGAGUUUCUCCCCAGAUACUUCCAGAGUUCUGACAGUAACAGUUGAUGAGAACAGUAUCAACAGUUCUGAAACCUGUGCCUUCUGUCAGUGGAGUAUAACCAACAACCUUACACUUGCAUAUCCCCGUGAUUGAUUUCUUUCAACUCAUCUCCAUUUUCUGCAGUGUUUUUGGCACAAAUAUGCAGUUUAAGAUAAAAGCGAUGUCUGACAGAGCAUUCAGUUGGUUUCAGAAAUCUUUCUGAAAGAUUCUGAUCAACCAAGUUUAAA